AUGACUUCCAUUGAUGCUAGUAUGAAAGCAGCCAGUGACAUUUAUGAAAAAGGAGUAUAUAAAUCUAGAGUUAUAAGAAAAUGUUCAUCAUAUUGGUUAAACCAUGGUACACUGCCAAAAUCAUUACAAGGUUGCCAUCAGAAAACAAAGUCUUUCAUUGAUGAUGAAGAUGUGAUUGAACAAUCAUUAAAUUUUGUCAGAACAAAUGGCAAUAAAGUAACACCUUGUAAAUACAAAGAUUUUGUUAACAAGGUAUUAUUUCCAAUAUGGGCACCUCUUGGAGAACAACCAUUACAAAGGAAAGGCCAAGGUAAAUCAAUAAUGGUGAGUGAAUUUCUCACAGAAACAGUUGGUAGGCUUAAAUUAUCAGAAAGUCAAAUUUUACAAUUUCCAGACUUACCAAAAGAAGCCAGAAAAUAUUUAAGACCAGGGAAAAAUGAAGAAGGUUGUUGUUGA